CCCCUUGACAUCCCCUUGCUGAUCCAAUGCCCCUCCACGUUCACCAAGAAGCGUCUUCGCCAGGUUGCUAGCGCAUCCUCUUGCACUCCCGUGAGGACUUUCUCCGAAAGACGGACAACUAUAUAAGCGAGAUCGACUGAGUUUGAAACACGUUAGACGAAAUCGUACGGGUAAGACGAACGGGUCAUCUUGUCGACGCGUUGUUGUUGUUUACUACACGCUUCGACGAGUCUCCACGUUCUUCGAGUCCGUCGUUACGAUUAAGUUCUCUUCCUUUCUCGCACGAGUGAACACGUGUCCGACACGCGACAAAUACGUAUCGCGAGAAGAACGAUCGCGUGCACGCGAAUCGGCAUACUUUUGCCGAUUUUCUCUUCAUAGAUCUAAUCAUUGAUCUUACUCAUCGACAUGAGAUCUGCUAAAAACUGGCCACCCCUCUUGGUGGCUACCCUCAUAGCCACGGCUGCAGUUUUUACAUCUGUUUGCGCCGAAGCACCACUCACUGGUAGUUAUCUGCCACCGUCUACUAGUUAUGGAACACCCAAUCUAGGUGGUGGAGGUGGUGGCGGACCAUCGUCGAGCUACGGAGCACCGAGCGGAGGAGGCGGAUGUGGUUUCGGUGGUUGCGGCGGCGGUGGUGGAGGAGGUGGUACGCCUUCCGGUAGUUACGGGGCUCCUAGUUCCGGCGGAUUUGGAGGUGGUGGUGGUGGAGCACCAUCUUCGAGUUAUGGAGCACCGUCGCGAGGUGGUGGCGGCGGUGGAGGUUAUUCCGGAGGUGGUGGCGGCGGCGGAGGCUAUUCAGGUGGAGGAGGUGGAGUAUCGAGCACUUACGGAGCACCUUCGGGAGGAAGGCCUUCCUCGAGCUAUGGAGCACCCUCGAGCGGUGGAUUCGGUGGUGGUUUCGGUGGUGGUUUCGGUGGUGGUGCUGGUGGAAAUGGUGGAUACUCAGGAGGUGGUGGUAGGCCAUCUUCGAGCUACGGAGCACCAUCGAACGGAGGAGGUGGAAGACCGUCUUCCUCUUACGGGGCACCGUCCUUCGGAGGCGGUAACGGUGGUGGCGGCAGCGGUGGCUACUCAGGUGGCGGUGGUUUCGGCGGUGGCGGAUUCUCCGGUGGAGCACCCUCUUCCAGUUAUGGUGCACCCUCUUCUAGUUACGGCGCACCCUCGCGUGGUGGAGGUGGUGGUGGUGGUGGUGGAUACUCCGGCGGUGGAGGCGGAGGUCCAUCAUCGAGCUAUGGAGCACCUUCCUUCGGAGGUGGCAACGGAGGUGGUUUCGGUGGCGGAUCCGGUGGUUAUUCCAAUGGUGGUGGCGGCGGCGGUAGGCCCUCGUCGAGUUACGGUGCACCCAGCUUUGGAAGUGGCGGUUCUGGCGGUGGUCAGAGUUACGCUAGCAACGGUGGUUACCAAUAUUAAUCACGCUAUGUGUUCGUCCCGCGAGAUACGACCUUCGACCUCGUAUCACUUUCAUGAGUUUUAUAGAAGUAAUGGGUACCCAGGAAAACUCUACACAAUGACAGACAAAAUCUUGACCAGCCAUGAAGCGAAGGGUUGCGAAAUUGGACGUCGAGAUCUCGCGGAUAUCCAAUCAAAGUCAGCAAAAGAGGAUUCCAACGAUUCGUACUCUUUUCCAAAAGUAUUUAAUAACCAUGCAGUUUCGUAUUCUCGACAAUCUAGAGAUUGAAUUUGAAUAUUCAUAGACAGAGAUGAAAAAAAAGAAAGAGAUAGAGAGAGAGAGAGAGAGAACAGAUAGAAAUCUAUCAUCUCAGAAACGUUGCUUAAGAAUAUCAAAGCGAAUGAUAAUUGACGAUAAGAUACGAAUCCAAAAAAAAAAGGAAAAAAAACGGAACCUUCCUCUUCAUCCCUUCUUCACAUUCGAAGCCCUAUAACUUAUUUAUUUUAUAAAGACGCUUUUUAUACUAAUAAAGUAGCUGUGCUGAGAAAGAAAUGAAAGAUUACUCUUCUAUCUAUAAUACUAGUUCCUGGAAAUCAAAAAUGGAAUGAAUGUAUGAUAAUAGUGUUCUAGACGUAGAAUAGAGUAUAUGUUACAUAUACUACAACGUGUGCCUUGAAAGGUAAAGCUGCUUGAAAGAGUAGCUUCUACUCAGACUCGAUGGGUCGAUUUAUUGAUUCCAUCCGACUCGAAAGAAAGAGAGAGAGCUGUUUUCUUUCUAUUCCUGUUUUAACUCGGCUAAAAAUGUAGUCUCGUCAUCGACGAUUCUAUCGGCUAUUCCGAUUAAACCGCUAGAACGAA